UUUCUCAGUUUCAGAGGGGCCGAGACCCGCAAAACUUUUACAGAUCAUCUAUACACUGCUUUGAAUAAAAAAAGCAUAUAUACAUUUAGAGAUGAUGAACAGCUCGAGCGAGGAACAUUCAUUAAUGAAGAGCUUUCUAAAGCAAUAAAAAAAUCAAGAUUUUGCUAUCGUUAUUCUCUCAAAUGACUAUGCUUCGUCGAGUUGGUGCUUGACUGAACUAGCAGACAUCGUUGAGUGCAUGGAAAUGAAGAAGCUGACAGUUUUACCGGUUUUCCACUAUGUGGAUCCUAGUGAUGUGAGGAAUCAGACGGGGACUUUUGCUGAAGCAUUUGCUAAACAUGAAGAGCGUUUCAAAGAGACUAUUGCAGAUGUGGAAAAAUGGAGAGUUGCUUUGACAAAAGUUGCUAAUGCUGCUGGAUGGGAUUUACGGGAUCAAUAUCAAGCAAAAGUUAUUGAAAAGAUUGUUGGAGAAAUACUUGGUAAAUUGAAUUCAACAUCCUCAAUUGUUCCCAGUGAUCUUGUUGGAAUAAACUCUCGUAUGGAGAAACUGGAGAAUUUAUUAGACAUGGGAUUGAAAGAUACUCUACUUAUGGGAAUUUGGGGAAUGGGUGGAAUGGGUAAAACAACUUUAGUAGAAGUUGUUCAUGGAAGAUUUCUUAAUCAUUUUGAAGGCAACAGCUUUCUUGCCAAUGUUAGAGAACAAGGCAGAGGCCCUGGCCUAGUUUCUUUACAAAAAAAAUUGCUUUCUGAUAUCUUGAUUGGAAGGAGCAUUGAUUUUUCAAAUGUUCGCUGGGGAAGGGAAGAGAUAAGGAAAAGAUUAAGUCAUAAAAAGGUUCUAAUCAUUCUUGAUGAUGUGGAUCAUCCUAAGCAAUUAGAAGCACUAGUAGGUGAUAAAAAUUGGUUUGGUCCUGGAAGUAGAAUUAUUAUUACAACCAGAGAUCAACAACUUUUAAUCAAUCUUGGAGUGGAUAAAAUAUACCAAACUGAGGAAUUAAACAAUAAUGAAGCUCUUAAACUCUUUAGUCGAAAAGCCUUCAAGAAUGACAGUCCUUUAGAAGGUUAUGAAGAGUUGUCCCAGGAGUUUAUAUAUUAUGAUAAAGGUGUUCCUUUAGCUCUUGAAGUUGUGGGUUCCUCCCUACCUCUUAGAAAUGUAGAUCAAUGGAAAAGCACCUUGGCUGGAAUUAAAAAAAAUCCUCCAAGUGAUAUUCUAGAGGCGCUUAAAAUAAGUUUUGAUGGCCUAGAGGAAAGUGAGAAAAACUUAUUUUUGGAUAUUGCUUGUUUCUUUAAUAGAGAGUACUACAAAACAAAUAUACUACAAGCUCUCCAUGACCAACUCGACAAGGAUAUAGAUAUCCUUUUUAAAAAGUCUCUUAUAACUAUCUCAUGUGGAUAUCUUCAAAUGCAUGAUUUACUACAAGACUUGGGUAGGAAAAUUGUUUGUCGUGAAUCCAUUGAGGCUGGUCGACGCAGUAGGGUUUGGUGUAUUAAGGAUGUCUUUCAUGUACUCAAAGAAAACACAGGAACAGAUUUAGUUACAGGCAUAUUCCUUAAUGCACCUCCAAAAAAUAAGGAACAUUUGAAUGCUAAAGCUUUCUCAAACAUGAAAAACUUGAGAUUACUUAAAAUCAGUAAUGUGCACCUUCCUCAAGGUCUCAAUUAUCUUUCUAGUAAGUUGCGUUAUAUUCAUUGGGAUGGAUAUACUUCAGAAUCUCUGCCAACAAUUUUUGAGCCAAAAGAACUUGUUGAACUUAUUAUGCCUUGCAGCCUCAUGAAACGACUAUGGAAAGGAAUCAAGAGUUCAGACGAGUUAAAACUCAUUGACUUGAGUGACUCUAAAAACUUGAUUGAGACUCCGGACUUCAGUGGAGUGCCAAAUCUUGAGCAAUUGAUUCUUCAACGUUGUACAACUUUGUCUAGGAUUCAUAAGUCUCUUUGGAAUCUCAAAAGGCUUAUUCGAUUGGAUUUGAAUGGUUGCAAGUGCCUUGAAAGCCUUCCAGACCAGAUAAACAUGGAAUCUCUUGAAGUUUUUAUUCUUUCUGGGUGUUCAAGAUUGAAGAAUUUUCCAAAGAGUGUGGAAAAUAUGUCACAUUUAUCCAAACUUGAUUUGAGCGAGACUCCUAUAAAACAUCUACCAGCAUUUGUGAAGCAUUUAACUGUCCUUAUUAAUUUGGAUCUAAGUAAAUGUAGGAAUCUUUCAAGUCUUCCUGAUGCCAGUUGUCAUUUGACAUAUUUGAAAUCUCUCAAUUUGUCUUUCUGCUCAAAAGUUGACAAACUACCAGAGAGCUUGGGAAAUAUUAAAGGUUUGGAGGAGCUCAAUGUAAGUUGUACUGCUAUAAGAGAACUACCUUCCUCCAUCGGUCUCUUGGAAAAGCUCAAAGUACUAAUUUUAUGGGGAUGUGUAGGGCUAUCAUAUUCUGAAUCAUUGAAUAAGCUCCUACAUACUUUAUCAGGCUUAUGCUCUUUGACCGAACUAGUGCUAGGUUACUGCAAUCUUUCGGUAAUUCCCGAUGUUAUCGGUUGCUUGUCGUCUUUAGAAGUAUUAAAUCUUGCAGCAAAUAAUUUUGUUUGCAUUCCUGAAAGUAUCAUUCAACUAACUAAUUUGGAUAUACUUUAUUUGUUUGAUUGUACGGAUCUUCAAUCUUUGCCAUGGCUUCCGUUAAAUAUUAGGGGGAUUAAUUUGGACGGGUGUAUAUCACUGGAAACAAUACCAAUAGGACCAGAAUAUGAUUUUCUGAAGCUGCUUUAUCUUGUCAACUGCUUCAAAAUAAAGGAGGAACUCUAUUAUGACAUGAUUUCAAUGAUGCUAAGACGUGAUUUGAUUAAGGAUCCUUGUAUACCAGGCAGACGGACAUUUCUUGUCAACAUUCCGGAAUGGUUCAUAGAGCAAAAUGAGGAGGCUUCAGAAUAUACACAACUGCAUGUGAAGUUAGAUGACAAUUGGAAUCAGGAGGGUUCAGUGUCUCUAACAAUGUAUUCAGAUGAAUGUAACAAAAUUGCGGGAAUCUUCAUGCGCGCUUCUUUUAGAUUCAACCAGCAUCAUCCACCUGACGAAUACGGUGUUAGAGGAUGCAAACUUCGUUGGGUUAUUGAGGUCAACAAAGAAUAUUUUGAAGAGUUACAAAUAUUUCCUAAAUUCUUUAGUGAAUAUAAUGUUCCUGGACCGUAUCACCUUUGGAUGGAAUAUGUACCCUGCCCACACUUCAAUGGGGACUUGAAAAAAGCAUUGAGUAAAGGCGAUGCUGAUGGAAUUAGUGAAAUUAUUUUUUUUUUGAAUACCACUAGUCCAGGAUUGGAGGUUUGGAAUUGCGCCGCCUAUUUGGUAUACGAGCAUGACAUUGAACAACUCAAACAAAUUCAAGCCGAGUCUCAGACUAGACCCUAUCAAAAAAAAAAGAGUCUCAGUCUAGACAAUUCAUAA